AUGGACGACGGGGAGCCGACGCCGACACACAUCAUUGACUUUAAGCUUCCAUUGCACAGUGAGGAUCAUUACCUUGAGGGCCAACAUGUGGAUAGCCCAGCCACCACCUUGUGGAACUACUGCGUGCUUCUGAAGGUCUAUCCUCGAGGCUUUGGCUUUACGUCCCAGGGGCCAGGCGUUGCUACCAAGCUGGUAUUCGUGCCGAUCUACACAGAUUCCGAGGACACACUUAACAGCGCCUUGUCCGGAAAGACAGAUGAACUCACGAUCGGAGAUGUGCGAUUCUGCUUGACGGUUAGAUAUGCCGGCCAAACCGAGACUCGGAAAGGUAGCCCUCACCGGCUUCGAUGUGGCAAGUGCAACGAGUGCUUUACUCUCAAGCAUGCAGUUUGCAAGUCAGAAGCUUUGCUGGUACCGCCGAAAUAUGUGCCUGGCGAGUACUUGCACUGUUUAGUGGAGCUCUGGUUCGACCCCAAGAACUUGGGAUACGAGCCCAGCAAGCGUCGCCGCCUAGACUAUGGGAAAGACCUGUGGCGAGACAUGAAGUUCACGGACAUGACGAUGCGAGCUGGAGACGAGGGAGAAGACCUCCCUUGCCAUCGAGCCGUGCUGGCCAGGAGUUCAGAGGUCUUCGACCGCAUGCUCAGCUCUCAGAUGAAGGAGGGUUCGGAGCAUCGCGUCGUCAUCCGCAACGCGGCUUCAGGAACUCUGAACAAGUUGCUAGAGCACAUCUACACCGGGGAAGCCCCAGAGAGCAAUUCCGUCCAGGAGCUGGGGGAACUGAUCUGCCUCGGUAACCAGUAUGGGCUGGCGCAGCUUGCCGAGUCCUGUGCGGCGAGCUUGUCGAAGAUGAUGUGUCCGACGAACGUGGUCGCAGUUCUUCGUGAGAAUUCAGAGGUCCUUGCUGGAUAUCUCAGCCGCGAGGGUCUUACCUACAAGCUGCUAAACGCCAAGCCUGAGAAUGCAGCCAGAGAGGCUGAGAUCGUUGCUGCUGGCGGUCUCCCUGGUGCGAUCACGAUCGCAACCAACAUGGCAGGCCGAGGGACUGACAUAGUGCUCGGUGGAGAUGGGAAAGCGAUGGCGAAGUUGUACCUCAAGGAGGCUCUGCGGAACGUUUCUUCCACAGCACCUGGACUCGACACAGAAAUAGCUGCUGCCGGCACAGCGUCAGCUUCGUAG